UUUAAUCAUUCUUCCCAUCUAAUCACAUUACUACACCAUCAUCAUUCCACCAACCAAACACGGCGUUAUCUCAUUUGUUUCCUCCAAAAGAGGAGAGAGAAUGUGGAACAAAUGGUUACAGUAGUAAUUUGUAAAAACUUUAACAUCAUCUUCUUCAAAUGGUUGAAUCCAAAUACCUAAUUUCUCCUUUAAUCUUCAAUUUAACCUAAAAUCUUGUGCUUAAAUCGCCAGAAAUUCGGAAUUGUUAAUUUUGGCGAUAAAUUGGAAUUCGAAUUGGAAUCGGAAAUCUCAAAUCGAUCGGUUUGAUUAUAAUUAGGUUUAGGGUUUUUGCCACAACAUGUCUGCAAUAGUGUGUGGAAAGAGAUCGUCGAUUUUCGAGGAAAUUCCGUCGCCAUCUUCGUCUUCUUCGAAGCGAAUUCGUUGUUCUUCUUCUUCUCCUGUUCGCUUCUCUGGUUCUAUUGGUCAAUCGCCUUUCCUAUUGCUUGAACACCUCUUCGCCGUUUUUCCUCAUAUGGACAAGAAGACGAUUCUUCAUCUCCGUCCUAGAAUAGUUGCUUCAAGCGUGUAUAAGUUAUCGGCAAACAUUACAAUGAGCAGCAAAAUUUCAUCAAUGGACGUUUUGAAGCGUUUUCAUGCGUAUAGUUGCUUGAAGGGGUAUAGAUUUCUGGCAGACAUUAUGAUGCAGCGAUUCCAUAUGCUUAUUGAGCAAACACUUGAGAACAAUGGACAUGAUUUGGACUUGGCUAUCAAAAGCUUGAAUGACCUCCGAUUAGGAUGUGCUGGCAAUGUCCUGGGUACCACUGAUUCCUCUUCAGCCACCCAUUCACAACCAAGCAAUCAGCCACAAGUACAUGGUGAUGAUGGUGGAUCUACAAGAGACCCAUCAGUAUCAAAUAAUUUGCCUAUGGAUGGUUUAGAGUGGGUGGAGCUUUUUGUAAGGGAAAUGAGCGCUGCAUCUGAUGUGGAAGAUGCAAGAAUUCGUGCGUCAAGAGCUCUUGAGGCUUUUGAGAAAACUAUACGUGCUCAUGCAAAAGCAGAUACUGCUCAAAAUUUUCAGCAGGAGAACUCAAUGCUGAAAGAGCAAGUUCAAGCACUACUUCAGGAAAACGGAAUUCUGAAACGUGCUGUCUCUAUCCAGCAUGAGCGACAGAAAGAGUUUGAAGUUAAGUCACAAGAGGUGCAACAACUUAAGCAGCUUCUGUCCCAGUGCCAAGAACAUAUAAGAACACUAGAGGUUAACAACUAUGCUUUGGCGAUGCACUUGAAGCAGGCUGAGCAAAAUAACUCCAUACCUGGUCGUUUCAACCCUGAUAUCUUCUAAAAAAUAUGGCUUUGUAUCCACAUUGUAACUUAGUGUAUUCUCUUUUCGAGCUUUAUAGUCCUUGUGGUUGAAGUGAUCGUAUUAGUGUCAUAAUUUAAUAGCUAUUGGAACCAAAUUAUAAGUAUAAGUAUAUUUGAUCUUUGAAAAUCCACAAACAGUACAAUGACCGCUGUAUAAAUUGUAUUACUUUUGUUUGGUAAUUACAUGUAUUGAUUA